GCUGUUUUCCUUCGAUCUCUGCACACGCGUCUUUUUCAUGCUUGAUCUCUCGGUUCGCUGAUACAGCGAAAAUCGAUAAUCCAUGGCGGAUUGGACACUUCUCCCGCAGGAACUCGUACACCUCAUUUCCAAGCAUCUCGAGACCCCCACCGACCUUAUGCGAUUUCGCUCCGUCUGCUCCUCGUGGAGAGUCUCUGCUACCCCAAAACGCAGUCGUUUACCUGGUGGAUACCGGAACCUCGCGGACAACGCCAUCUCUGACUCUGCCUUCGGUUUCUACCUUUCCAAACGCACCAUCUUCCUCAUCACACCACCCGAAUCCCAAACUGAAACAAACCCUAUUGCUUGGUUAGUCAAAGUCGAGGAGGAUAUUCCCGACAGAAAGCGCCUGCUGAAUCCACUCACGAGAAACUAUAUCGAUUCUUUACCUGAAGGUUUUCCCCGAAUUCUCGACGUAUCGAGGUUUCGGCUACAAGAGUUGGGUCAAGAAUUUGUGCUUCAUUACGUGAAUUGUAGUUUAGAGAUGGGUAGCGUGUAUAUGGAGAAAGUAGUUGUUAUGAGUUUAGACGAUGAAAAUGGAAAUGAUUUUAUGUUGCUAACUAUUCACGUUUCUGGUAAAUUGGCUGUCUUUAAAUCUGAGAACAGAGCAUGGACUAUAAUUCAUGACAUGCCAUCUCCAUUCGAUGAUGUUAUACUGUUUAAAGGGCAUUUCUAUGCUGUGGAUAAUAAUGGGAGGACCGUGAUUGUAGAUUCUUCGUCUAUUGACUUGAAUGUGACUGCAAAUCCUGUUUUUGGCGGUGACAAGAAGUUACUGGUUGAAUCUUGCGGUGAACUUUUGUUGGUUGAUAUGUAUUUGAGCAUAGAAACGGAGGGAGGGGGUUUUCUGGAGGAGUAUUUUGAGCAUCUUGCUUAUUAUAUGAAGGAGAGAACGGUUAGGUUUAAGGUUUUUAGAUUGAAUGUAGAAGGAAAAAUGUGGGUUGAGCUUGAAAGUUUGGAUAAUCGUGUAUUGUUCAUUGGUGAUGAUUGUGCCUUUUCUGCUUCUGCUUGUGAUAUGCUAUCGGAAUUCAAAGGGAAUUGUGUGUUUUUUGCGGAUACUUAUGGGAAUGGUGAAGAAAAUGAAGCUGCAGGAGUUCAGGGAAUAGGUUUAUUUGAGUUUGAUUCUGGUAAUAUAGGAUCAUUAACAAACUACCCAGAAUAUAACAAGUUGUUCUGGCCACCUCCACGCUGGAUUUUUGAAGCUGGCAGAGGAUAAUGUCAAAGUGGCAUAGAAAUGCAAAUCCUGCUUCUUCUUCUACUGUUUUGCUCAAUAAAUCCUUGC